GUGGCCAUGUCCAUGUUAAACAAGAAGAGCUACUCAUCCCAGAUGAAGAAUCCACAAUUGUCCUCAAAGAGGAGGAACUGAUGAUUGAUUAUGAUGGGUUUACUCAAGUGAAACAAGAACAGCUUCUUCCUGAUAAAGACUGGCUGACACAUAUGAAACAAGAAGAGCUGCUUCUUUCGGAUGAAGACGGGCUCGCUCAAGUGAAACAAGAAGAACUGCUUCUUUUGGAUGGAGAUGAACUCACUCAUGUUAAACAAGAAAAACUGCUUCUUUCAGAUGGAGAUGUGAUCUCUCAAGUGAAAAAAGAACUCCUUUCAGAUGGAGACUGGCUGACAAAUAUGAAACAAGAAGAGCUGCUUCUUUCGGAUGAAGACGGGCUCGCUCAAGUGAAACAAGAAGAACUUCUUUUGGAUGGAGGUGUUAAGAAUAGUUGCCAUAAAGGUGAAAAGUCCUUUCAUUAUCCACUCUGUGAUUAUAAAUCUAAUGAAUCUUAUACUUCGAAAACACAUAUAAUGGACUGUCAUACAGUUGAGAAGCCUCAUCAAUGUCCUCAUUGUGAUUGUAAAUCAGUGCAACCUGGACAUAUGAAAAGACAUGUGAAAGUCCAUCAUAAAAGUGAGUCACUGUAUCACUGUUAUCAUUGUGACUAUAAAUCUAUUAAAUUAGGAAAAUUGAAAAGACAUAUAAUGGCUCAUCAUACAGGUGAGAAGCCUCAUAAAUGUCCUGCUUGUGACUAUAAAUCUGUACAAUCUCGAUUUAUGAAAAGACAUAUUAUGGCUCAUCAUACACAUGAGAAGCCUUAUCACUGUCAUUAUUGUGACUAUAAAACUGUUACUGCAGGAAAAUUGAAAAAACAUAUAAUGGGCUGUCAUACAGGUGAGAAGUCUCAUAAGUGUUCUCAUUGUGACUACAAAUCCAAUUCACUCAAAAAUUUGAAAAGACAUAUGAUGGUUCACACAGGUCAGAAACCCCAUCAAUGUCCUCAUUGUGACUAUAAAUCUGCUAUAUUGCAAAAUGUAAAAAGACAUAUUAUGGCUCACCAUACACUUGAGAAGCCUCAUCAGUGUCACACUUGUGACUUUAAAACUGUUACAUUAGGAGUAUUAAAAACACAUAUAAUGGCUUGUCAUACUGAUGAGAGGCCUCAUAAAUGCCCAGAUUGUGACUAUAAAUCUGUACAAUCUCGAUCUAUGAAAAGACAUAUUAUGGCUCAUCAUACACAUGAGAAGCCUUAUCACUGUCUAUAUUGUGACUAUAAAACUGUUACUUCUGGAGAAUUGAAGAAACAUAUAAUUGGCCGUCAUACAGGUGAGAAGUCUCAUAAAUGUCCUCAUUGUGACUACAAAUCCAAUUCAUCCAAAAAUUUGAAAAGACAUAUGAUUCUUCAUACACGUAAGAAACCCCAUCAAUGUCCUCAUUGUGACUAUAAAUCUUUUUUACACCAUGUAUUGAAAAACCAUAUAAUGGCUCAGCAUACAUUUCAGAAAUCUUAUCAGUGUACUCAAUGUGACCACAAAUCUGUUACAUCUCACAAUUUGAAAAGACACAUAAAACUACACCAUGAAGAUGAAAAGCUCCAUCGAUGUCCUCAUUGUGAUUAUAAAGAUGUUACACUUCGAAAUUUGACAAAGCACAUAAAAGUUCAUCAUAAAGAUGAGAAGCCUCAUCAAUGAUAUUGUAACUAUAUCCGUUGUGAUUAUAAAUAUGUACAAUCUCAUUCUAUGAAAAGACACAUAAUGGCCUAUCAUACACUUUAGAUGUCUCACCAAUGUCCACAAUGUGAAUAUAAAGUCUGUUGCAUUUCACAAUUUGAAAACAUACAUAAAAGUUCAUCAUAAAAAUAAAAAGCCUCCUCAAUAUCUUCAUUGUGACUAAAUCUGUCAAAUCUCAAGAAUUAAAAAGUCAUGUUAUGGCUCAUCAUAUGUAUUUGUGAGAAGCCUUAUCACUGUUCUCAUUGUUACUAUAAAUCUGUUAUAUUAGGAGAAUUGAAAAAACAGAUAAUGACUCCUCAUACUGAUGAAAGGCGUCAUCAUUGCCGCUAUAAAGCUGCUGCAUUUUAAAAUAUGAAAAGACAUAUCAUGGCUCAUUAUACACUUAAGGAC